AUGGCGUUGGUUCCUCAUCCAUCGCCUCCUGGUGUGCUGGGACUGCAGCACGGAGCUCACUUCGGCCAAAUUAAUGGUGCCGCCCCUGUCGACGCGCAUACCCAAAGACAGCGCCUUCUAGGGCAAUUGAACGAAUCCACCUGGCAAAGAAUUGGCUCUCUCAAUGAAUUGCUUGGUGACCAUGAAGGUGCGCUCUUUGCAUACGAGCAGGCCCUCAGACACAACCAAUGGUCAACGCAAACAUUAAACGCUAUCUCUUGUAUCCUUCGGACAAAAGAGAAGUAUCCAGAAGCCAUGGAGUAUCUCAAGAAUAUCUUGAAAGUGGAGCCUGCCAAUGGUGAAGCUUGGGGGAACCUGGGCCACUGCUACUUGAUGAUGGAUAAUCUCCAGGAGGCAUACACUGCUUACCAACAAGCAUUAUACUAUCUUCCAGAUCCCAAGGAACCCAAAUUGUGGUACGGCAUUGGCAUCCUCUAUGACCGAUAUGGAUCACUUGAGCACGCCGAAGAGGCAUUUUCUCAGGUCAUGCGUAUGCAACCAGACUUUGAGAAAGCCAACGAAAUCUAUUUCAGACUUGGCAUAAUCUACAAGCAACAACAAAAGUUCCAGCAAAGUCUCGAGUGCUUUAAAUAUAUUGUCAAUGAUCCUCCUCGACCUUUGAAUGAAGAGGACAUCUGGUUCCAGAUUGGUCAUGUUUACGAACAACAGAAAGAUUUCGAAUCAGCAAAAUCGGCAUAUCGCCGCGUUUUGGAGAGAGAUCCGAAGCAUGCUAAAGUUCUUCAACAGCUAGGGUGGCUGCACCACCAACAGAGCAAUAGCUAUGCAAGCCAGGACCAAGCCAUUGAAUAUCUUGAGCAGUCGGUCAGCUCAGACAACCAAGAUGCUCAGAGUUGGUAUCUCCUCGGCAGGUGCUAUAUGGCACAACAAAAGUUCCCUAAGGCCUAUGAAGCGUACCAACAGGCAGUGUACCGUGAUGGACGCAAUCCCACAUUCUGGUGCUCCAUCGGUGUCCUCUAUUAUCAAAUCAACCAGUAUCGUGAUGCGCUCGAUGCUUAUUCUCGUGCAAUCCGAUUGAAUCCCUACAUCUCAGAGGUCUGGUACGACCUUGGGACUUUGUAUGAAUCUUGUAAUAAUCAAACCUCUGAUGCUCUUGAUGCAUAUGCAAGAGCCGCUGAGCUUGAUCCGACGAAUUCUCAUAUUAAAGCACGCCUUGCGUUGCUAAGGAGCGGAGCCGCUACGGGGCCCAAUCAGCACAAUGCCCCAGUACCGCAAGAUGUUCAUCCACAAGCUUAUCAAAAUGGCGUCGGAGUACCUCCUGGCCCUCAAUGGGGCGCUCCAUCAGCUUCUAGUCAGCAAUCACAACCACCACCAGUUGAUCCUGCAAGAGUAUCAGACUGGACUCGAGGCAUUGCAGGGAUACAACAGCCACCACAUCAAGUCAAUGGCUUCGAUGGACGAGAUGGUAUGAGGGCUCCACCACUACGGGCGCCGUCUCCGCGACAAGAUGGCCCGCGCCUGUACGGUGAAUCUUCUCGCCAAACUCCAGUGCGAAAGAUGCAAUCCCCUUCGCCUAAGAUGCAAUCUGCAGUUCCAGGAAUGUACCCUCCCGGGCCUCCAACGCUUCCUCAGAUAUCGAUGCAGGAGCGGGGGCCUACCUUUAAUGCAGGAGUAAGGCCAUCACCCACCAUGAAUGGGGCUCCUCCUCCUCACACGAACGGUACCGGCAAUACACUCCCACCGUAUGGGCGGCCUUUCAGCCCACCGAGCGAGCUAAGACCCUUGCGUGACGAAAGACCGCCAUCACCAGGGUCAACUUUCCGUCCACAGCCGUAUCAGUCUGGCCAAACAUUCCCCAGCAUUGCCAACGGUGCUCCACCUCCGCCUCCACUUCCAUCCGUCGACGUCCCUCGAGAAGACCGCCCUCUCUCGGCCAUGAAAAGAAAUCGUGAAUGGGAGGCAGAGCCUGGACCGUCCAAGAAGAUUGCGAAUGAUGAAACUCGAGCACGAUUAGAAGAUCCAAGCCGCCGUAACAGCCCACCAGGUCGGCUUCCCACUCCAAAAGAUCACUUCCGCCGUAGCUCUUCUGAAAUCCGUCGGGAGAACGAGCGUCGAGCCAAUGAGAAUUAUCAUCCAUCUGAAGCUGCCCACCAUCCAUACAGUUUGCCGCCCCAACAGAUACCUUCAAUGCAAUCCAUAUUGGAUGGACCGAAAGAAGACCGCAAAGAGCAUUUGGAGCAAGCCGCUCGCAAAGUUGAUGUCGACGAGGACUACGAUAAUAAUAGUGAAGAUGACAAACGUGCAGCUGCAGCUGCAAUCAACAGUCCGCAGGGACCGGGGCCACAGCCAACAGCGACCCCAAAACCAGAAAACACGGCAUAG